UUUUGUGUUUGGGCAAUUAACUAUUCCGUAUGUUCUUUUAUUUCUAUAUCAAUGGGAAUGGUAAAUUAAAAAGAUAAGCAAACUAGUUGAUUGACCUAGUCCAAACCUAUUCAUUUUAUCUCCUGCUGCAAAUACUACUUCGAUGCCUUUGAAGAGAAUGUUCAGUAUGUUGGGUGGCCUUCAUUAAUCAUCCUUACCAGCUUUCACAGCAUCUCAAAAACUAAUGUAUAAAAAAUUAACAUGAAAUUAGGAGUGUCAAUAUAGUUUUGUACCUAUUUAGUGCUAUGUGCCAGAUGUUUUGGGUAGGUUUAUUUCUUUUCAAUAAUUAUGAUUGUACACAUGCGUUGUGCCAGUUGUGGUAUCAUCUUAUUCGAUAAGCCAUAUUUAUCACUGAUUAGCAGAUACAGGAAAACCUUUAAUUCCAAGACACAAGAUAAGAGCCAUUAUCUUUCUUUGAUUACAGAUCAAGAUGAAUACUAAACCUAUACAGCUAGUCACCGGAUACUACAACCUAUUCACAUGAAAAGCCCUUUAGGAAACCCAUCCAAUUGUCUAUUCAACUAGCACUGAGUUUAUUUGUGAAUCAUGAUGCUCAUUACUUUUAGUUUACAUAAUGACUGGGAAAUAACCUUCUUAAGCUGUCUCGUAAAUAAAUGAAUUAUCGUGGAUUUGAUUUGUAACCCCUCAAUGGGUAACUUCUACUCUCUAUUCAAUCGUAUGAGUACUUUUUUUGAUGGCAGAUAUUACGAGUACUUUUUUUUAUGGCAGAUAUCGACUGGGAAAUAACCUUCUUAAGCUGUCUCGUAAAUAAAUGAAUUAUCGUGGAUUUGAUUUGUCACCCCUCAAUGUAUAACUUCUACUCUAUUCAAUCGUCCAAGUACUUUUUUGGAUGGCAGAUAUCUACUGGCCCUGAAGCUCGCCAAAUAAAUGGUCCUGCUACUCCCUUGCAGAUCAAGAACUUUACAUUAAGUCAGCAUCUGCAAGAGAUCCACGCACGUGUAACCUCAAUGAUUUUAAGACUGCCGGUUGUUGCUUCAGAUAUUCUAUCUCCUGCUCUUCGUACCCUAUAUGGUAUUGCCUGUGAUUCUGUGACACCCUUAUUUCAAGCGAUGCUCGAUCAUCUUGAGGCCUGCAUUUUGCAAAUUCAUGAUCAGAAUUUUGGUACUCUCAGCAUGGAUGCUGCUAUUGACUUUGACAACAAUGCAUCACCUUACAUGGAAGAAUUGCAGAAGAGCAUUCUUCAUUUUCGGACUGAAUUUCUGUCCAGGCUUUUGCCUUCUUCUGGGGCUAUAUCCACUGGAGCAGAAACUAUAUGCACAAGGCUUGUAAGGAGCAUGGCAUCGCGGGUUUUAAUAUUUUUUAUUAGGCACGCUUCACUUGUUAGACCUUUAUCAGAAUCGGGGAAGCUGAGAAUGGCUAGGGACAUGGCUGAACUUGAAUUGGCAGUAGGCCAAAACUUGUUUCCUGUAGAACAGCUUGGAGCACCAUAUCAGGCCCUUUGAGCUUUUCGGCCUGUUAUUUUCUUAGAAACAUCUCAAAUGGAAGACUCGCCACUUCUUCAAGAUCUUCCACCAAGUGUCAUACUUCACCAUCUCUAUUCACGUGGCCCUGAAGAUUUGCAGUCACCACUGCAAAGGAACAAGCUUACUCCUGUCCAAUAUUCACUGUGGAUGGAUUCUCAAGGGGAAGAUCAAAUUUGGAAAGGCAUCAAGUCAACUUUGGAUGAUUAUGCUGCAAAGGUAAGGGCCAGAGGAGACAAGGAGUUCAGCCCGGUUUACUCUCUGAUGCUGAAACUGGGGUCAUCUUCAACAGGGAAUGAAUCAUAACCUUUGUCAAUUGACAUUUAGUUCAAGCAUAACAAUUUGUCCAUAAAUCUCAUCCUCCUCCAGAUUUGCCUCCAAAAUGUCACUGUAGGUGUUGGUACACAAUCAUCUUCUAUACCUCAUGUUAUUGCUUGAUUUUGUUUUGGGAAUCAUGUUCUUGGUUCUUCCACUUGUAUGAUAUGAUAGAUAGUUCAAGUUUUCUUCAAAAUCCAUUCAUUAUUAAAUCAUGUAUCUUAAGAGCCUGUUAUUUUCCCAAAUCUAGAGUCAGAUAUUGUCUUCCAUAUCAUCGGCGCAUUGCAAUGGCAAUCCAGUAUUUGAUAUGUUGGACAUAUACAAAUGGCAGAUGGUAUAUUGCUGUUGUAUGUAUUAUUGGACAAGAAGUGAA